GGAAGAAAAAGAACACAAGAUCGGAUUACAAGAUGGCGGUCUGUGGACGUUAGCAAGAAGGCCGUCACAGUUUUUGUGUUCUGUGUGAAUUUUAUUCUUUGAUACUAGAUCUCCUGAGUAGUUAUUCACAUCGUAAAUGUGUCAUCUUUAUGUAAUAGGUUGUAAUAUUUUUUAAACUGGAAUUGUAAACUUUGCUUAGACGUGCAUGUUUUAUAACAUGCGGGUGGAAACGGUUAACAGGUCGAGGGUAGGAAAACACUAGACGGGGUGAGGUGAUAGCUUGUUAGCAGCCAGCUAGCCUGCUAGCUCCGACUCGGUUAACCAUGUCGGACACUCGGCGGCGAGUGAAAGUAUAUACGCUAAAUGAAGACCGACAGUGGGACGACCGGGGCACUGGGCACGUCUCCUCUACGUUUGUUGAACGACUGAAGGGCAUAUCGUUAUUAGUUCGGGCCGAAUCAGACGGAUCACUUUUAUUGGAGUCCAAGAUAAGUCCAAAUACAGCAUAUCAGAAACAACAGGACACACUGAUUGUCUGGUCAGAAGCAGAUAAUUAUGACCUUGCCCUGAGUUUCCAGGAAAAGGCUGGCUGUGAUGAAAUAUGGGAGAAGAUUUGCCAGGUUCAAGGCAAGGAUCCUGCCAUGGACAUAACCCAGGACCCCAUAGAUGAGUCGGAGGAGGAGCGAUUUGAGGAGAUCCCAGAGACCAGCCAUCUGGUGGAGCUACCUCCUUGUGAGCUAGGUCGUCUUGAAGAAAUCGCUGAUCUUGUUACCUCUGUCCUGUCUUCACCCAUCCGGAGAGAAAAACUUGCCCUAGCCCUGAUGAGCGAGGGCUACAUUAAAAAGCUCCUGGGUCUCUUCCGAGUAUGUGAGGACCUGGACAACAGGGAAGGCCUGCAUCACCUCUAUGAGAUUGUCCGGGGUGUUUUGUUCCUCAAUAAAGCAGCACUUUUUGAGGUGAUGUUCUCUGACGACUGUAUCAUGGAUGUGGUGGGCUGCCUUGAAUAUGACCCAGCAUUAGUUCAGCCUAAACAGCACCGGGAAUUCUUGACCAAGACAGCAAAGUUUAAGGAAGUGAUCCCUAUCACGGACUCUGAGCUACGUCAGAAGAUCCACCAGACUUACCGGGUGCAGUACAUUCAGGACAUCAUCCUGCCAACGCCAUCUGUCUUUGAGGAGAACUUUCUGUCCACACUCACCUCAUUUAUCUUCUUCAACAAGGUGGAGAUUGUCAGCAUGCUGCAGGAGGAUGAGAAGUUCUUAACAGAGGUCUUCGCACAGCUCACAGAUGAUGCGACAGAAGAUAGUAAAAGGAGAGAACUUGUGAACUUUGUCAAGGAAUUCUGCGCUUUUUCCCAAACAUUGCAGCCACAGAACAGAGAUGCUUUCUUCAAAACACUUGCAAAUCUGGGCAUUUUACCUGCUCUUGAAAUAGUUAUGGGAAUGGAUGACCUGCAGGUAAGGGCAGCUGCUACAGACAUCUUCUCCUACCUGGUGGAGUUCAGCCCUUCUAUGGUCAGGGAGUUUGUCAUGCAGGAGCCACAACAGACGGAUGAUGACGUUCUUCUGAUAAAUGUUGUGAUCAAGCAGAUGAUUUGCGACUCUGACCCAGAGUUGGGAGGUGCUGUCCAACUUAUGGGUUUGCUCAGGACACUUAUUGAUCCUGAGAACAUGCUGGCUUCCACCAAUAAAACAGAGAAGACAGAGUUUCUCAGCUUCUUCUACAAGUACUGCAUGCACGUCCUGACUGCUCCUCUGCUGGCCAACACAGCACAUGACAAAAAAGAUGUGCAGGAGGGAUCAACUAAAAUAAACCCAGUCUGUCCAGACAACUUCCAGACGGCUCAGCUGCUAGCGCUGAUCCUGGAGCUUUUGACUUUCUGUGUUGAGCACCAUACCUAUCACAUCAAGACCUACAUCAUGAACAAAGACCUUCUCAGGAGAGUUCUGGUGCUCAUGAACUCGAAGCACACCUUCCUUGCUCUUUGUGCCCUGCGUUUCAUGCGAAGGAUCAUUGGUCUGAAGGAUGAGUACUACAACCGCUACAUAAUCAAAGGAAACCUGUUUGAACCUGUCAUUAAUGCCCUGCUGGACAACGGCACCCGAUACAACCUGCUCAACUCAGCCAUCAUAGAGCUCUUUGAGUUCAUUAAAGUGGAGGAUGUCAAAUCUCUCAUAGCUCACAUUGUGGAUAACUUCUACAAAGCACUUGAAUCCAUUGAGUACGUUCAGACAUUUAAGGGCCUGAAAGGCCGGUAUGAGCAGGAAAAAGACAGACAGAGUCAGAGACUCAACAGAUAUCGCAGAGACGCAAAAUCUUUAGAUGAGGAUGAGGAGUUGUGGUUCAAUGAUGAUGACGAUGAUGAUGACGGGGAGGCUGUGGAAAAGAGAAUGGAGGAGGACUUUUCUGACAGCUACGGCAAGUACAUGGAAGCCAAAAAAGGAGCUGCCAACGGAACUAAUGGUGCCAACAGCGGGAAGUCUGCUGCAAUCCCACCUGCCUCACCAACAGGCACUCCAAACAACAGUUCAGCUUCCGCUGUCAAAACAGUCGCUCUUCCUGCCACACCUGUUGUAAAGACCGCUCUGGUGGGUUUGGUGGAUUACCCCGAUGAUGAGGACGAUGAAGAAGACGAGGAGGAGGAAGAGCAGUCUCCAAGGAAGCGACCUCGUCUUAGCUCCUAAAGCUAACUGUCCUCUGUUUGGUUGUGAUGGAUGGACACAGUGUUCCUCCCACCUUCCCUUCUCUGGUUGCCUCAUUGGUCUUUGGCCUUUUAUUGCAACCUCUCCCUGUCACUGAAGAGGCGGGCAAAGACGAGCUCCCAUCUUAUCCACGUGUUUCGCCCACAGUGGACCAAGAUUUUUACUGGAAAGACAGUUUCUUCUUUAAGUCUAUUCCUUUUUUAUCAACCACCUCUUCAAGGAGAUCCCAAAAUCUUUUUUCUUCACACUGAGCUUGCAAACAUAUCUCGCAUUUCAUCCUGCUCUCAAAGGUCUCUCCUUCCUCAACAACCAUCUACUUCUCAUCCACCAGCCUAUUAACCACCAACGCGCCAGUGCAAAUUAUGCCAAGGCAGAGUUCCAGCCGUGUUGGGUUGCCAUGGCAACAGCAGCAAGGAAGCUGCGGCACUACAGCAUCCCCCUAGGACCCCUCAAACGUUCUGACUUGAAUUCUCUAUUUCCAUCCUUCUCAAACUUGAACCAAUGAGCUCCAGAGACAGAGGAAACCAAAACACAACUAGCCAGUGUACGACCUGUUCAGCAGGCCAGUCAGGCUAGCAGGACUAGCCGUCAUAGUUAUAGGAAGCUUGACUGGCUGAAGCAGCGUGUCCCUCCCUGCCACAAAACUGUUCACUUUUGUUGGAGAUAGGCAGAUGUAGGCAUAGAAAUGUUCCGAUACAGGAGUUGACAAAUGAGGAAAAAAAACAAGACUGAAAAUUCAGCAUUAAUGAGCUUAGAUCCAGAGGAGCAGGACUCAGACCUUCUAAAGCCAUGGUGUCAGUAUGGCCAAGGCGUACACCACAGGACAACACACACUGUUUCACACACAGGACUGCGUUGACCAGAACGCCUGUAUUUGAUCACUUUGUUAAAAAGUACUGUACAGAUGUUUUUUCCCUUUGUCAUUUGCCCCAUUUCUGAUUUUAAAGGGUUGGAGGGAAACCUAUCCCCCUGUGUAUUUUUUGUUGUUGUUGCACAAACAGGUGGGGUCUCUAUUAAGUCCAGUUUAUUUGAUUUAGUGUAAAACGCAGAGACGUCACAAAUGCUGGUUUUAAAAAUACCAUUAAAAUGCAGUCAAUUCAUUUUUGCAGCCAAUCUUUUGAGGAUGUCUGGAUUCCUGUAUUAUAGAGAAUAAGAAAGAAAUGUGUGGCCUCGGCUCAUGCAGGCGUAGCCCAGCGUUUUGUUUUUAGGCAUUUGACAAACCUGAGCUGUUGGUGUGCCUGGAGUAGAUUUGAUACAUACUAUUGUUUCUCAAGGUUCAGGUAUUUGAAUCCUGCUCUCAGACAGAUCUCAGGUCCCGACUUCAAUUUGCAUCAAAAACAAACAGCUACCCACUUUGUGCACCCCAACACCGCUGUCUGGUGACCUAGCCACAUUUCUUACUGAGUGGACAAUGGUUUGCUUGAGGUGCCAGGGGCUCUUAGCCUCAUUUGUAGGUCCAGUAUGUUCAUUUGAUCUCUUUGACAGUUUGUCUGAUUUAAUAUUCUUGUCCUGUCUAUCAAAAACUGCAGAUCAAAAAUGAGUUGAAGGAAAACUUUUCAGUUUUUCUUUUAAAUUGAAAAUCCAUUAAAUGUAUAAGCGUUUUUUUUAGUUACGAUAAAAGAUUUAAUUUUAAGGUGAAUGCAGUGCAGUUUUGAAUCAAAUGUCUGACAGACGUUUCUCCUGUUGCAUCUUCUCUCUGGGUUUCACCAAAAGCACACAGAGGUAGAGGAAUGGAAUCAAAAUGCUCAGAUGCACACAUUUUAAAUUUGCUAUGUUCAACUACAAGCAACAGGAUAGAAAAAAAACUAUUACUUUGCUUUUCAGGAAUUCAUCAGUCUUUCCUCCUGUUAGUGCCCAACAAUAGGACUGUUUCUGCGCUCCCGUGACAAAUUUGUACAAAGUGCAUUUACUACCACUAUCCAUUCUUAACAUUUGUAUGAAUUUAUUUGAUAAGUUUUGAAAUUAAAUGUGAACCUGAUGUUAAA